UCGGCCGACACUGCGGUGUCUCUUUAGUGCGAGCGAGCAGAAUCCACCCAGAAAGAAAAAGCCUGCGACGUCCUCCAAGAUUUCAAUCGUAAUAUGUGAUUGGGAGCUCGGCAUGUUCAAACGAACGAAGUGGCACGUCUGUGUGCUUCUGAAGCCACCGAAUAGCUAAGUUCCUUAUGGCGAGGUGCAUUUUCUGCGCUUUUCGGGAAAUGUAAACGAAGAGUUGCGUCACGCCCGUGACACUGAAGACUUCAGCAAGGGGCAUUAGUGUCGCAAAACGACGUCUUCAUCAAAAGGACCAGGCGACGUUAGUAAAUUGAUGAGGUUUAUUUUCGUACAAUUAGCGAAAAUGGGGCAGGUUUAUUUUGGUAAGCUCGCGGCGCCAUUAGUAAUGCUGUUUUCCAAGAAGUAUAAGCGAUGUGUACAAGUGGUGCUUUGUCCGGCACUGUGCUGGAAUUAGCUGUGCCGAAACCAUGUCCACCUACUAUGCCACGAACAAGCGGUGAGUCCUAUUCAUUAUCAUGUGAAGCGUAUUCUGCGAUGAGUUAAACGGAAAGUGUUAUGGAAAUGUAUCCGGGGUCCACAACAGACUCAUGCAAUGAGCGAAAGCUGUGCUUAGUAUUUAUACUGGCAUUCGCAAUGUAUUUAUCAGAGGCCUUUAGUCUCUGGGAAGCUAACACCCGAUGCCCUGCCCUAACCCGCUGUUCGUGCUCAUGGAAUAGAAACGGCCCUAAGGUCAAAUGCUACGCCAGAUUCGUAGGUAACGAAUUAAAUGCCGAGAUGCAAAAUCUACAGGGAGUCUACAUCAACAAGCUCAUCUUGGUGAAUUUCAAUAUCACUGAGUUGCAAGCCUCGUGGUUCGCCAAGAGCUCGAUUUCAUCGGUACGCAUAUUUAAUUGCAGUCUACGCGACAUCGGGGAAGCAGUCGCACGUGCUAUGACGACCUUGUCAUCUAUGCGGCUGUAUGAAAAUGAACUGCAAAGUGUUCCCCUUGGUUUGGCCGCUGCAAAGCGUCUUCGAAAGCUCAUCAUACAGAGGAACCCCAUCAAGCAUCUUCAAGGAAUGCUUACUUUUUCAAAACUGUGGUUACUGGAUCUCAGCUUCAACGAAAUAGAGACAAUCGACGAGGAAUAUCUGUACGGCUUACCCAAACUCCGCUAUGUGGCGUUGUCACACAAUAAUAUACACAAGCUACCGCCAAACCUUUUCAUGAAAACAAGAUUGCUGAAGAAAGUGGAACUUCAAGUUAACCGCAUUUCUUCUAUGGAAGGAGCGUUCAAUGACCUGCCCCAAUUGGAGGUUCUUCUCCUCACCCAGAAUAACAUCAGUAAUACGGAGAGCAUAGCAAGGUCCACGUUGCCAUAUUUGAAAGAACUCGUGCUUGGACAGAAUAGUGUAAAUGUCAUUACCAAGUUUUCAUCCCGUAUCUCUCGAAUUCGACAUGUCGUCUUGAGCAAUAACGUCGUGACCGACAUAAUGCCUGGAGCUUUCAAGCUUCUCGACAAGCUGACGAAGCUAGACCUAAAAAAUAACAGCAUUUCUUUCUUACACGAAUCCUAUUUUGCACAUGAUUCGAUUCUAGAACACACAGACUUUUCUAUGAAUAGGCUAACGACGCUUUCGAACGCAUUCAAUAGGACGCGAAAGAUUCAGGUAAUGAAACUAUCGUUCAACCAGAUUCUGCACAUCAGCUUUGCCUUCAGCGGACUGACAGAGCUCCGUGAGCUCUACCUGAGGGGCAAUUUAAUUUCUAGCAUUCCGCGCCACACUUUUCAAAACAACAUUCGCCUAAUACACAUAGACUUGGAUUCAAACAACAUCAGGUGGAUUGCAAAGAACGCAUUUGAAGGCCUUCUGUCUUUAAGAACAGUGCGCCUGGACAGAAACCUACUGCUUUCUCUCAACGGUUCAGUACGAAAUCUGCCGCAAUUGCAAUAUCUGGGUGCUUCUUUCAACAAGAUAUGGAGCUUGAAAAAAUGCGAGUUUUGCCAUACCAGCGCUUUGACUGCCAUUUAUCUCGAGGGGAACAACAUCACCAACGUGGAAGGGGCUUUCAUCGGUGUGACUAGCCUGCGUUCCUUGAACCUAGGUGAUAAUCAAGUGGAGCUCCUCCGAAGAAGUGACUUUGCGCUGGAAAUCUCGGGCCCUGUGGCGGUGACUAUGUACAAAAACCCUUUGAUCUGCGACUGUAGGUUGGCUUGGCUUAUGAAAGAGGACAGUGAGAUUUGGGCAAGAGGAACGGCAACGUGCGCGCAACCAUGGUGGCUAAAAGGAAAGCGACUGCGGGAAUUAGCGCACGAAGAUCUCUUCAGGUGGGAGGAUGGAUGCGAGCCUGGGUGUCAUUGCAAUUGCAAUGGUGAAUCUCUCGAUCGGCGAGAAAUCGAUGCGAACUGCUCUUCGGCGACUGUCGGCAGGAUUCCGAGAGUGCUGCCGGAAGGCACGACACGACUGGACCUAAGCGGAAACCAACUGCGACACUUGGAUGGCACUGUCAGAAAAGCAGCUCCUGAUCUCGAAGUGCUAUUGCUGAACAACAAUGCCUUGUCUGGUCUAAACGUGACCUCUAUUCCAGAGAAAGUGCAUUACAUCGACUUACGCGGCAAUAAGCUGAAUCGUUUACCGUACUCGCUAGUCACACAACUCAACCUCACAUCCAUCUGGCUCUCUGGGAACCGCUAUGUCUGCGAGUGCAUGGACUACAGCUUCAGACAGUGGAUUCAAGCUCAUGGCAACGUGGUUCGGGACGCCAGAAACAUCAUUUGUGCCAGAAACUCCAACCUUCUCGUGUCUGAAAAAAAAUUCGUUACGUUGGGACAGAAAGACCUCUGCCCGGCCGCGAUACCAAGAGGAGUGGUGUACCUCCUGCUGGUUUUCGGUCUCCUGGCGAUCAUAUUGGCGCUGUUGGCCGCUUAUCUACGCUACAAGCGGGCGCUGAAGAUGUGGCUACAUGGUCGCGGCAUGUGUGGUUUGGCGUGGGGCUUCGCGGAGGACGAGCUGGACACGGAUAAGCUGUUUGAUGUGUUCGUGUCGUUCAGCAGCAAAGACGCCGACUGGAUAAAUGAAGAAAUCAUUCCGGGACUGGAGGCCAACGGCUUCUCCUGCUGCACUUACGAGCGCAAUUUCAAGGGCGGCUUCCUUCUGCAGGACAUCAUUCACGAUGCUGUGGCCUGCUCACGGCGGACACUUCUUGUUCUCACGCAGAACUUCUUGGAGAGUGACUGGUGCCGCUUGGAGUUCCGGUUGGCGCACCAGCGUGCUCUGCUGGACAACGUCAAUCGGCUUGUCAUUGUCCUUGUGGACGAGCUAGUGCCUGGUACACUUGAUGAAGACCUGCAGCUGUACCUGCGUGCAGCGAACUACCUGCGUUGGGGUGAGCCGAACUUCUGGGACAGGCUGCUGCACUCGCUGCCCACGAAACAAGCUGAAAGAAAGCUCAUCAUCGAAGGAGUGCCAUCGCAGCUGACCGCAAACGGCACUGGCGACAUCGAGCUUCAAUACCCACGACUCUACGAUGAUCUGCGCCCUGCGGUGCUGGACUAUUACGGUUCCCGGCACCUCCCGCUUCCAGAGCUCGACCAUGCGGUACCACACCUGCCACCACCAACUCCUUCGGCGUCCAUCGCCUCAGAACCCAUCGAAACAACGCCAUCUAAAGCCCAUCUGUACAACGUACUGCUGGAGAUGCAGUUUAGGGGGCAGCCUGCACUGUGGUGGAAGAAAUUGGAUUCGAGCGUGCCCCGGCCGGCACCAAUGCAUCGUCGUCGUGUUGCUAAAAUCUUAUUAGUGCUCACAUUGACAUGUACGGUGUGCUUAUCUUCAAAAGAUAAAUCGCCCAGACUAAAGACAAAAUGUCCUAUGCUUGAACGCUGUUCCUGCUAUGUGACGAAGGAAGGCAUCUUUACUCGGUGCACCAAUAUUUCCGACGUGAGCGAAAUCGAUUCUGACUUGGCCAAGCUGCAAGGCGUCUACUUGACAAGGCUGCUCUUAAAGGACUCCAAUAUCGCCGAUCUUCCAGCCACCUGGUUUCGAAAACACAAGAUGUUGUUGCUGAACAUCCACCACUGCGGUCUGCGCGACAUCAAGGAAGCAGCGAUUAGUGGCAUAGAAUACCUACUGCACUUGCAACUGGAUCAGAACGAGCUAGAGAGUAUUCCUUCUAGCUUGACCACCGCAAAGCAUUUACUUUGGCUACAGGUCAGAUGGAACCGGAUUAAGCACCUCGAAGGCACGCUGAGACUACUGGAAUUGAAGGAGCUGGACCUUAGCUACAACGAAAUUGAGAUGAUCAGCGAAGAUUACCUCCGGGGUUUACCAAGCCUCGAGAAAUUUCUCUUGAUCUCCAACAAGAUCAAGCACUUGCCGCGGAAUCUUUUCAGAAACACAACGCGGUUGAAAACGGUGAAGCUUAGUAAUAACCAACUUUCCUCGAUAGACGGCUUGUUUGAUCGACAGCACCGCUUGGAGGUUCUUCACCUCAUGGGCAAUUUCAUACGUGACACCGACAGCCUUGUCAAAUCAAAAUUGCCCAACUUGAAGGAAGUUCGUCUCGAGAAGAAUAACUUAAGUGUCAUUACCAAAUUCGCACCUUCAAACUUCCGAAUGAGAGAGCUCAUUUUGUACCACAACUCUGUCACAGAGAUAGAGUCCAGAGCUUUUAUGCCCCUUAGAGACUUAGUCAUUCUAAAUCUAGCUCACAACAGCCUUUCAUUUGUGAACGAAUCGAUUUUCUCAUUCAGAUCAAAGCUGGAAUUUCUAAAUUUGUCUAGAAACAAGCUAACUACUCUAACGGGAGCGUUCAAUCGUGUGCGUCAAAUCAGGGCCUUACAACUCUCGUUCAACCGUAUAGACAACAUCACUGGUGUCUUGAGUGGCCUUAGACGGCUCGUAAAGCUCUCAUUUAGAAACAACCUGAUCAGUUGCGUUCCGGAUGGAACGUUCAGCGACAACGGCCGCUUGAUCACUGUUGAUUUGGCUUUAAACAACAUUCGGUGGCUAGGAAGGUAUGCUUUCAAGGGGCUCUUAACACUACGCAACCUGCGUCUGCAGAAUAACCAACUACUUUCUCUCAACGGGUCAGUGAGAGGUUUGCCUAAACUGGAAUACCUGGGCGUGUCUUUCAACGAGCUACAGGUGGUGGAAAGUGGGGAGUUUGAAAAUGACGUCGCUUUGACCACCGUCUCUUUUGCAAAGAACAACAUCAGCAAUGUCGAAGGCGCAUUCACGGGUGCCACGGCCUUGCGGACCUUGAGCCUCGCCGACAACCGAGUGAAACGACUGCUAAGAAAAGACUUCUCGCCCGAAAUGUCAAGCGACAUGAUCGUCACACUCGACAACAAUCCCUUGAUUUGCGACUGCAGGCUGGCAUGGCUCUUGCCCGAGAGCAGCGAAGUUCGAGUGGUUGAGCAUCCUAUCUGCGACGGACCAUGGUGGCUUAGAGGAGAGCCGCUCCGGAAGCUAACACAACGAGAUUUGCUCAGACGGGAAGAAGGCUGCGACUCGGGCUGUCAGUGCGAGUGCCACAAAGAUUCGCUCAAACAAGGAUCCAUUGGUGUCAACUGCUCGUCGUUGACAAUGGGCCGCAUUCUCAAAGCGUUUCCCCGAGGCAUAACUGAAUUGGACUUGAGCGGAAACAGGCUCAAAGACCUCGAUGACUUCGGCGCAAAGGCACCGCUACAUUUACGAGUCCUGUCGAUGAAAAACAAUCUGCUUGAGAGCAUCAACGUGACAGACAUUCCCGAAGGCGUGAUCUCCCUCGACUUGAGUGGCAACAUCCUGCGCCACCUACCGUACGACCUCGUAACACGUGGCAGGCUCACUUCCUUAUGGCUGUCUGGAAAUCAUUUUACUUGUGACUGUGCUGUCUACAACUUCAGGUGGUGGAUUCAAGCUCACCAAAACGUGAUACGCGAUGCAAAAGAUAUCAUAUGUGCCGAAAGCCCCAACCCAGGCGUGUCUGGAAAGGCGCUUCUUACGUUAGGAGAGAAGGACCUUUGCCCAACCGUGGUGCCAAGAGGGACAACGUACCUCCUCCUGUCUAUGGGGCUCCUGGCGAUCUUCCUGGCUCUAGCGGCAACGUACCUGUACUACAAGCGGAGGCUCAACACUUGGCUUCGCGACUGCAGCUUUUGUGGAUUGUCACAGUGCAUCUCGGAGGACACGGACAAGCUCUUCGACGUGUUCGUCGCCUUCAGCAGCACGGACUUCGGCUGGGUGCAUGACCAGAUCCUUCCGCUACUGGCAGCUCACGGGUUCACCUACUGCACGUACGAGCGCAAUUUCAAGGGAGGCUUCCUCCUGCAAGACAUCAUUCGCGAUGCCGUCGCCUGCUCCAGGAGGACACUGCUUGUCUUAACCAGGAACUUCGCGUUGAGCGAAUGGUGUCGCUGGGAGUUCCGGUUCGCCCAACAGCGCGCCCUGCUGGACCGCGUCAACCUGCUGGUCAUAGUCUUGGUGGACGAGGAGGCACUGGACGCCUUGGACGAAGACCUGCGCCAGUACGUGCGCGAAGCCAACCAUCUGCGCUGGGGCGAGCCCAACUUCCAGAAGAGGCUGCUGAACUCGCUGCCCAAGAGGGACGCGAGGAGGAAGCUCAUAGGCGACAGCCAGGGAUCUGCGUCGAACACCGCGAUCGACGUUGGUAGCACCCAAGACUCGGUCCGGAAGGACAGUGUUUGAACGUCCACUCUGAGGAAAUAUCAUUUUGACUACUUUGAGUAAAAAAAUAUGUUGAGUAUAUUAAGGGGGAACAAAUCUCGCCUUGUCUUCAGGGCUGGUAACUGUGACAUUUCUUUCUAUUAUUAGCCCCGAGAACGAACGCGAGCGGCGCUGCGAGCGCCGUUCGCGUGACGUCAGGGCAAGGACUCGCGCCUGUCGUCUGCUACAGUUCGGGCGUUGUCCGGGCGCUUUCUGCGGUGUUUUCGUUUGUUCGCCCUCGUUCUCUCUGCUUAUAUACUUAUGGUGGUCGUCUCAAAUAUAUUUUUACGACGUCUUCCUUUGCGAACAUUUAGUGAAAGAGCUAAUUUCUUAGACAACAAUGCAGCUCUCGAAGGCAACGCUACAGUGGCAGCCGAAGUGACGCAGACCAGCCCAAUGCGGGUUUUUCAUACGCGGAUAGACAAUCGCAAAAGCACAGCCUAUAGGAAUCCAGUUAUGAUUCCACAGCUGCCGCGGUGCAACAAGUAUGUCACAAAGCUGGCUAUAUAUGACUUCUACAGUAGUUACGUUGAUUUUAUUCCGCUAAAGUAGGAUUGCUCACGACCAGUAGUUCAUUGAAAAUAUCGAAUUUUUGCAUUUCCUCACAGAAAUGCUCGGCAGUAGCACGGGGACUUAACUAAUACUGGAACUUAGAUUCUACACACCUAACUUGCUUCUUUAACUGCUUGUCAACCUUAGGCGCUUCUUCACGUGUUUAUUUUUUUUAAGUGGCGAAAACUUGAAGUAAAGUUAAUCAAGGUUUACGGCUAUUUACCGAGUACAAAUGGGAAUGUACCAAUAUAUAUUCCCUUUUCCGUGCUACGCGUUCAGCUCACCUCUUUAGAGCGCGUUUGUUAAUGAUUAAUAAUGUAUGUUAUGUUCCUCUUCUUUUGUCUAUGUUACCAAGUGUAUAUCAUUUAUUUAUUGCAAUGCCGCAGUGUGUUUUGCAUUGUUAUUGUGGAAAUAUUUCACUGUUCUUUCAUAUAUUGUAUAACUGCAAUGUUUUAUGGCCACUAUAUAAAUGUAACUUAUAUGGCGCUUGAUGCAGCCAUGCAGCCAUAUUGUACGUAAGGGGGUGAGGUUACCUCAAGCCGUGUCUGUGCGGCUUUUGUCCCUCAUUCACCUCAACUUACCACUCCUCU